AUGCAGCGCGAGGAAUGCAUCUACAACUUGAUCCCGAAGGUGCACGUGGAGCCAGUCAAGCCUGAACGCUACUGCUCCAAGUUCGAUCCGAACGUGCAGCCAACAGGAACCACUUUUGGUGUGCGAGGGAAGACCCGACUGGAAGGUUCCAAUCUCGGCGCAGCUCAGAAGAUAGAGAAACCUGCCAGUGCCCGUGGCUUCGGUCGUCUGCCUGCUAAGCCUGAUCCCAAGACUUUCACCCGAAAAGGCGAACGCAGUGCCACUGCUAUCGUCUCGAAGAAACGUGAGUAUUUGUUUUACCCAUUUGAGAGCUUAACUGACCCAUUUUUAUUUAACCUUUAAAAAAAGCGGGGAAGUUCAAUUAUCCUGGAACUACAAGACCUCCUGUCGUGAAGAAGGAUGACAAGCCCAUUAUGGGACUCAAGUCGGCCAAGAACUUCAUCACGGCUAAUGCUGUCGAGACGAUCCUCGCUGUGCCCGGUAAUCGAGCCCGUGUCCAGAACGAACCGCCGCAGUACAAGACCAAGGAAGACUAUGGCCAAGUUCCGCGAUACUUAAGUCAAGUCAAGGACGAGAUCGAGCGUGAAAACUCGAUGAUCGAGGAGUUUGUGCGGCAGAAUCACAAUCUCAUGGAGGAAGACGGUCGCGAUCGCGUUGAGCCCAUGGACGAGAGUGAGCGACGUGCGCUAGUGGAC